AUGGGUGACACCGCGCGCCAUCCCUCUCAUGAGAUAUUCGUGGGUUCCAUUGACCAAGGAACUACCAGCACCCGUUUUCUCAUUUUCAAUCGAGACGGUGACCCCAUUGCUUCUCAUCAGGUUGAGUUCAAGCAAAUGUAUCCUCAUCCAGGCUGGCAUGAACAUGAUCCACUCGAAAUUAUUUCGUCGGUGGAGGAAUGUAUCGAAGGAGCCGUCAAAGACCUGGAAAACCAAGGCCACGCAAGCGCAAAUAUCAAAGCUGUGGGAAUUACGAAUCAACGAGAGACCACUGUAGUAUGGAAUUCUGAAACCGGAGAACCUCUGUACAAUGCCAUCGUCUGGACCGAUACUCGAACACAAGCUCUUGUUCGUAAGCUGAAGAAUCGUUUGGGGGCCGAUCAACUUCAACAACAUUGCGGCUUGCCCUUGUCGACGUAUCCCUCCGUUGGGAAAUUGCUCUGGCUUCUAGAAAAUGUGCCCAAGGUCAAGGAUGCGUAUGACAAAGGCAUCCUCGCCUUUGGCACCGUCGAUGCAUGGCUGGUGUACAAACUCAACGGCGGUCCGAAGAAAAACGUCUUCGUAUCCGACCCGACGAACGCCUCGAGAACAAUGUUCAUGAAUCUGACAACCUUGGAUUAUGAUGAGCAGCUCAUCGAUUUCUUCAGACUCGACCCGACCAAGAUCCACUUCCCCAAGAUCACUCGGUCAUCCGAUCCUGAGGCGUAUGGCUCUCUGGAGUCGGGUGUGCUGCAAGGAACCCGCAUUACUGGCUGCCUAGGUGAUCAGUCCGCAGCCUUGGUGGGUCAAAAAGGAUUUACCCCGGGACUUGCUAAGAAUACCUACGGUACGGGCUGUUUCCUCUUGUAUAAUGUCGGGGAGAAGCCGGUCUUCUCCACUCACGGUUUACUCGGCACUGUGGCGUAUGACUUUGGCGAAGGCAAAAGAAUGUAUGCUCUUGAGGGGAGUAUUGCUGUCGCCGGUUCCAGUGUGAAAUUUCUGGUUGAUAACUUUGGCUUUGUCGAGUCAUCCAGCAAGAUCAGUCAGUUGGCAGCUACAGUUGAUGACAACGGUGGUGUGGUUUUCGUCACCGCCUUCAGCGGGCUCUUUGCGCCAUACUGGAUAGACGACGCAAGAGGUACCAUCUACGGCAUCACCGCUUACACCCAACGGGGUCAUAUUGCACGGGCCACACUAGAAGCGACAUGCUUCCAAACCCAAGCAAUUCUCAGUGCCAUGGAGAAAGAUUCUGGUCACAAACUCUCUGAACUUGCCGUUGAUGGUGGAAUGAGCAAUUCCGACUUGACUAUGCAGACCCAAGCCGAUUUGAUUCAAAUUCCGGUAGUACGACCACAAAUGCGUGAGACCACAGCCCUCGGAGCUGCUAUUGCUGCCGGCCUCGCCGUCGGGGUAUGGGAGAGCAUAGACGAGUUGAAGAAUAUCAAUGUUGAAGGUCGCACUGUAUUUACUCCAGAAAUGGAAGAGGCCAAGAGCAAAGAAAUGUUUGGGAGAUGGGAGAAGGCUGUUCAGAUGUCCAGGGGAUGGUCAUCGUGA